GCGCUGCAGCGCGCGCUGUUUUCGGUUCCUUUUAAAGAUACUUUUAAAGAAACAUCAAUAUUCCUUCAAAGCCUGCGGAGUUGCGGCAUUUGAACCGACAUUUUUCAAACGAACUUAAAAGGAAAUCGUCGCGAUAGUGAGUUUUUUCGCCAACAACAUUAUGGAUACUUAAAAGAAGUAUAGUGUUGUAUAUUCUGAUUUAGUGAAUAUACUUAUCGAUUUAAUUAUUAUUUAAACUUGUUGUUUUUCGAGAGUGGGCGCGUUUCCUUACCCAGCCGCUCUUCGAUUUUCGCUUUUCCGACUAUCCUGCGCGCGGAACGGGUUUUCCACCGAAGCCUGGCGGCCUUUUUGCUCUCAAGCUGCGAAAAAAAACAAGGCUGCAAAACUAAAUUAAAACGACAGUCUGGCAUUUGCAGCAAAUUAAUCGAUGUUGCGCUACGGACUUUUAAUUCGCAGAUUCAUCAUCGAUUUUUCCUCUUGAGCCCAGCUGCAGUGCGCUAGUGUUGAGUAUCUGUGUGUGUACGUGCGAGUCCUGGCAGCACAAAUAAACCGUUGGCUUAGGUAAACGGAACAACAAAGGGAAGUGAACAAAGAGAGAAGAGCGGAGGAGAACGGUCGAAAAGGACGAGUUCGAGUCCUUGAGUGAUCACUGUUGCAGCUGUCACGGGCAAGGCAGUGUGUUUGUGUGUGCGUGUGCGUGUGGGAGAGAGUGGCAACGAGAACACCGGCGAUAAUUUCUCUCCCUUCUCCGCUGUGUUUGUGCAUUCAAUUUGCACACAAUUGAAGCGAGUCGCUAAAUUUGCAAAUUUCCGUCCGCGAAUUGCCAUCCAUAACUCUGCACUCCCCCCCAGAGAGCGAGAGCAAUAAUAGAAUUAUCGGGCAGCGUUGGAAAACAACAGAGACCGAAAAGAGAAUGCCCUGGGAGGCCGUAAUGCCGCGACCCUCUGACAUUUCCAUCGUCGCCCACCGAAGGAACAACAACUGAGCAGCGAAACAACAACUCGACAAGCAAACAAACAAAACAGCGAACGAGCGAAUCGACGAACCGAACUCCAGCAGCCUCAACCGCUGGCACAGUUUUCCUCCUUUAACUCCAACUCCGUGGUGGACUAGGGUGCCCGGCCAUGUCCGCCACUCUCUUCGAGAUGGCAUCGCAACCGGAGGAACAGCCGCAAGUGGUCUGCCUGGAGGAGCAGCAGCUGAUUGUGGGCAUGAGCAGCCUGGAGCUGAGUGAAUCCGUGGUGACCCCGAGCAACUGCGACGGCAGCGACAGUGGGCUGGAUGUGGCCAGUUGUUGCCACUCCCGAGUCACCCUGCAGCGCGGACUGAGCAGCACCAGUGGCGGCUACACCAGCAGCAAUGGCCUGGAGGAGAUCUACGACAGCUGCGAGCUGAAAGUGACCACAGUGCCACAGGCUCCCAGUGAAACGGGCAGUGAAAAGACAUCGCCCCCUAGGCGAACGGGUUCCGUGAAGAAGAAAGUGGCCAUGUUCGAGCCGGAGCCCACGGGAACUCCUGCCAAGGACCACCUGCGUGGUAGAGUGGCCAACCUAAAGAGAGCGGAAAGCUUGCCCAGAAACAGUUUGGCCGUGGGAGCACCAGCCACACCCUCAACGCCCAGGGACAAGUCUCGCCUGUCGACCUCCUCGUCCUUUCGAGUGCCCAGUUCCACGGCCACGCCCACGUCGGCCCGCUUAGCACGCCCCCAGAAACCGGAUACCCUGCCCAAUGCCCUAAAUCGGGCGCAGUCUGUCCAGCGGCUCUCGCAGGUGCAGAGAACCCCCUCGCUGAGCCGGGCCAGGACGCCGGGAACCCCCUCGGACGAUGGUCGCUGGCCGGCGAAUCGAGGAGCAGCUCGUCGCGGAAUGUCAGUGACCCCGGAGGUGACGGCAAAUCGAAUGAGGGGCAGUCCCGCGCCCGGCGGUACACUACCACGUCGCCGGAAGCAGCAGUCCGUGGAGGAUCUCACUGGGGGGCGUCUGUCCAGGAGUAACUCCAUCAGCCGUGCCGCUGUCGUGGAUGCCCGCAUGACCUCCUCGGUGAUGGUGGUGCCCACGAGUCGCAGAAGCUUGGCUCCAGCCACAGCCAAGGUCAACUCCCUGAGGAGACCUCAGCCAGCCACACCCAGAACGCGUAUCUAUCACGAGACCGCAGUGCAAACGGCACUGACUAGCGAAGAUUUGGAGCAGGUCCUUGGCGGUGGUCUACUGCAAACCCGUGCCCUAGACGCCGUGGAGCAGCGGCACCAAAGCACCCAAGCGGAGCCCGACCAGAGGGACUUUGAACUGGAGCAACUGCGUCAGGAGGUGCGCCAACUGAGCGGAAAGCUGCAGCGGGAGCGGGAGGAGAAGCUGGCCAUGCAGCAGGAGCUGCACCUGAACACGGAGCGGGUGAUGGGCAUGUUGGAGCUGGCCCGGGUGGUCAGUGCCAGUGCGGGAACACCCACCUCGGAGGACAGUGGCGAUGGCAGUGGCCACGACAGCCUGCUCAUGCUGGAGUCCCAGAUCCAGAUCAGUGGCCAUGAGCUCUUCGAGCGCCAGCAGGAGAUUGGUCAGCUAAGGGCCAUGUGCCGCGCCCUGCAGCAGGAGAUGAGGAGAUCCCUGGCCACGCAGCAGCUGCUAAUCCAGGAGAAGGCCGCCAUCGAACAGGAGUCCAGUGAGCUGCAGGAUUUCCUGCAGCACGAGAAGGCCGCCCAAUGCGAUGCUCUGCGGGAUCUGGAGGCAGACUAUCAGGCAGUGAAAUCUCAGCUGGCCAAUCGCGAGGAAGAGGCAAAGGUCCUGCGGGAUGAGUGCCGACAUCUGGUGAGGCUCAAUGAACAGCGGCGCCAGGAGAACCGCCUGCUGCAAACCAAGUUCACCGCCCUGGAAAACAAGUCGCGGGAGCUGAUCCACCAGCAAAAUGCCUCGGUGGCUGGAGCAUCCACUGCCCUCUCGGGGUUGCACUCCCGAUUGGAUGGUCUAGUGGAGCAGCUGGUCUACUCCUACAGUAUUUCCGAGCAGGACUUGGAGGACAUUCGCUUCCAGGCGGAAUCGGAGCAGGUUCAGAACGGCCAGCGGCCCAAUGGCCUGGACCUGCCCAUCGGUCCUGCAGCCACUGGCGACGCCAUCCACACCCUGGUCCUGGCCAGUGAUGGCUCCUUAUCCCCGCAGCGCAACCAGUCCUUCAUUGCCGCUGUCAUCGGUGCCAUUCGCCAGGCCACCACCCAUUCCGGAAAGAGAUUGUCCCUCCGACAGGCGGGAAAGAGGAAUGUAUUGGGUUCGGGAUCAGCUCAGGCGGUGACCGCAGGCACUACCAGCCAUGAGCCACACGGAAAUGGAGACGAUUCCGAUUCCACGGAAAUGCUGGACUCCGAGACGGAACCCUGCCUGCUGAUGAUGGACAACGUGUUGGAGGAUGUGGUUCACCCGGACUCGCACUCGCACAACAUGGUCUCCUCCUGCUCGGGGAUGAUCUCCCAGAUAGAGCUGCCCACGGAGCUCAUCAGUCAAUGUAGCCAUCAGAACAAUCUAAAUGGGGGAUCUGGAGGCGAUGACUCCCUGCAGCAGUUGUCCCAGGCCAUCACCAACCGCCAGCAAAUGGAGCUGCACAUGCACAAGAUCAACGGCAUGCCCAUGAAUCCCCGAGAUCAGUGCAACACGGAGGAGCUGAGUUGCCAUGAUUCUCUGGCAGAGCUGGCGGAGUUGCCCUCGCUGAUGGAGUACAGCACCGCACAGGCUGUGGUGGACCAGGUGAUAGAGGUGGACACCUUGGUGACCAAAUUGCUCAAGGUUUUGAGACUGGUUCAGCUUGACAACGACAACUGCAUACAGCAAUUGAUAGUGGACAAGAACAAACUGCAGCAGCACAAGGAGGACAUGCUGGAGAAACUAAAAGACUUGGAGGACGUCAACCUGAAGCUGCAGGACGAACUCAUGGACGCCACCCAGGAGCUGAUGAUCAAGGGCAGUGAUCUCGGUGGCGCCAAGGCCGAAAUGCAGCGCCAUCGCAACGAGAUCGACCGUCUCAACGAGGACAUCUGCACGCUGAGCACCUUGUGCAGCAGCUACAAGAAGCUGUCGCCCACCACGGAGUUCCCGCCCAUGCGCCUGCUCUCGCCCAACCAGGAUUCCGACCAGGGAGAUGUCCUGGGAAUCCUGAAUCUGCUCAAAAUGUGGCAGGCGGGCGGGCAGCUAAAGGAUCCCCGUGUUAGGGGCUACCUCGAAAUGGUCAGUGGCAGCCAGGUCCAAACCCCACAACAGGAUAACAACAAUGUGGAACGCCUUAGGAUCUAUGCCAAUCAACUGGAGCACGUGUACCGCAUCCUGGACGCAGGACUACCCGUGGAGCUGCAUCCGACGCUCCAGCAACUGCGACAGGACAUCGAGGUGGUCAGGACGAAUGCCAACUGGACGCGGCUGCUGGAAACUAAUGGAACGGAUCACAAUGCCAACGGUGAUGUGUCCACGCCUUGAAUUGUGUCAAAAACUGUUGUUAAUUGUCUAGUUAACUUUUAGAUCUUGAGCGUUGUUUACUUUUACGUAGUUAGUUACAAAUGUUUGCGUCCAACUCUGAGCGAAACUGCAGAUGUAGAUGUUUUAACCACGUCCAAAAGAUAUAAUAUUUUAAACAAAUCAUUCCAUUCCACAAGGCAACUAGACUAAUUGAACCACUAGUAAUAGAAUUCAGUUGGUUUUUGCAUUUAGCUUAUAUAGCCUACCCAGCAGCACUAAAAAUUUCUAUGCUGCAUACUUUUUGUCUCAAAAAUCUUUUUCUAAAUUUUAAAUGGGCUAACAAGAAUUCGGCCCCCAAGUAUUAUGAACAUUUCUAGGGUUAACUAUAAUGUUAAGUUGAACUUUGUUGAGUUGCACCUCUAAAUUGAAAGCUCCAUUAGGCCACAUUUGUUGAGAAAUUUUAAAGCCAAUCACAAAGCAGAUUUAGCAUAGAUUUUGCUUGUGAGAAAACGCCGCUGAUAUCCCCAGAGAUAUGGCUCACCUUCAAUUCCUUGCCGCAUUGCCAAAGCCAAGAUUGCAGCUACAAUUUGCCAUUCAGUCAUUAGUGGGGAGGUGAAAAGGGGUUUAGUUUAAGCCAAGCCCCGUGUACUGAGAAAUAACUAAGCAUUCGAGUUCGAAAGCAAGCUGUUUGUUUAAUACACGUACAAUAAAUAAGC